UGGUUCCGGUAUCCAGAGCGCCUCAGAGGAUAAGCGUGGGUCGUGCCUCGUUGUUUUUCUACUUCUUCGCCAGAAUGUUCCUGGUUCAUGCUUUCUCCCAUGCUAUGAUACUAGCCAUCAUAAUCACUGUGAUGGCAGAAGAAAAGAUGUGUGACCUUCUUGGGGAACAGGAACAAGAAUCCUCAAAAGAACUAGCAUUGAUGAACAGACUGAAGCCACUUUUCAAUCAAAGUUUUGAAACAGAAAGCAUGAAUGAUGAUGGCCACUACAUUUACAGACUGAGGAUAUGUCGAGAAGUCUUCAGCAAUAUGACCAAUUCUGGCCUGGUGCAGAUCAGUAAGAUAGACAACAAACAAAAAGUAAUAGGACGAAUUAAUGAGACCCAUCUUGCAAAUGGAACUAGCUGGAUUAUGCUAAUCUAUCAGGGCGGCGAUCCCUAUGGUAACCAUUGUACACAGGAAGACAGGAAAGCUUUAGUAAUGAUCAUCUGCAACCGAACAACAUUAGCAACUGGCUUCACCAUGGUGGCAGAAGAGAGGGAGAAGAUAAAGCAAUGUUCCUAUAUUUUUGAGUUAGAGAGCAGCUUGGCUUGUUCUCCGGAAGAAUUGCACCAAAAUGUACACCAUCACCUCAGUAUUGGCUCUAUACUGCUAAUCACGUUUUUCUCACUGAUUGCAGUGUACAUUAUUGGAGGAUUCCUCUACCAACGUCUGAUAGUAGGAGCAAAGGGCAUGGAACAGUUUCCUCAUUUUGCUUUCUGGCAAGAUCUUGGCAAUCUAGUAGCUGAUGGCUGUGAUUUCAUGUGCCGUUCUAAACCACAGAAUGUACCAGCUGCAUAUCGUGGUGUUGGUGAUGACCAGCUUGGAGAGGAAUCAGAAGAGCAAGAUGACCACUUGCUGCCCAUGUGAUCUGGAUCUUUUAUUUGUGUAGUUCUUACACAAAUGACAUCCAGUCAGUUUUCCCCUCAGCUAAUUCUCCUUUUAAGCCACUUGCUUUCACUUUAAAUACCCACUCUUCUGCACACUAUUUUUCAUAUUUGUGAUACAAAUAAAUUAUGUGCAAGGUUUAUGAACAUAAAGCUGUACUAAGGAGUUUUAAACUAAGUGACUGCUCAGAACCAUUUUCCAAAAGGGAAGAGAUGUGAUUAUACAUAGAAAAGAAAUAGUCCAUGGAAGAGGAAAGUGUUUGAGAAGUAGUAUUAGUAGGAUUUGUUCUACCAUGACUGAAUGUACUUGCAUAUUUCCUACAGGCUUUAUUCUUGAAAAACACUGGAUUCUGAUUU